UCACUGAUGAGAUGAUUGAAGGAAACCUGCAGAUGAUUGAAGGAAACGGCUCUCGAUUGCUCUGUAACGCUUUAAAUGUUUUUAUCUGCCUUUUGAGAGGAUAAGGCGCUACAGAUUUUUUGCUCUGUUUCUACAGGGUUAUGGCACACAAACAUCUCGCGAGAUCACCGCCGUCUCAUAGCCAAGCUCAAGACUGCUCAGAGAUCCUGAACUCAGUGUGUGUGCCUCGUCAUGAUGAAACCACACUCAACUUCACACACAGGAUCUUCAGAGAGGAGCACAGAGACCCGAUCACAUCUUUACAGGAGCAGCUCAUGGAGAAGGACCUGCACAUCUCCCGGCUGCAACAGGCUCUGGCUUCUGAAAGAGAUAAGUGCGCGCGGCUGCAGUGCCGCUGUCACCAGCAGGGGGCGGAGCUGAGGCGCAGAGAGCAGAUCAUCAGCCGCAUGAGGGAGAGACUCUCUCAGCUCGCCGACAGACACAAACAGCGCGGAGUGUCCAUGGAGAUCAUAAAUGUGUUGCCAAAGCGGACCGGACGGAGAGAGACUGGCUUCAAGCCCACAAAGGCUGAUGGGAGGUUGGAAGAAGCACUGCGUCUGCUGCUGGACCGCAGAGAAGCGGAGCUCAGAGAGGCCAUGAAACUUCGGCACGCGCUCACCACACUACUGCACAUGCUCAGAAACAACAUGGCACGGAUACUACAAGAUGACCAUACAGGACUGGAGGAUGAGGACAGAGACAAUGUGCUGGUCCAAUCAGAGCAGAGCCUUGGUGAUCAUGUGACCGGCGGUGUGGUUCAGGAGUGGAUGCAGGUCCAGAAAAGAGUUCGGGAGCUCGUGUCUCAGAGGGCGGUCGCUCAGGGAACGGACCAGGAGAAGCUGCUGGCUCAUCUGGAGGAGGAAGUGGAGCAGAGCCGGGAGCUGAUCCGAGCGCAGCAGGAGUUACUACAGGACCGUGUGAGUUCGCCUCUCCCCGCUGUGCUGAUGGACUGCUACUAUCUGGAGGAGUGGGAGCGGCUACAGGCCCGCUGGGAGGAGCUUAACCGGCAGAGGAGGAGCUUCCAGCGAGAGAGGCGGGCUUUCACUGAGGCGGCUAUCCGAUUGGGUCACGAGAGAACCGAGUUUGAGCGGCAGAAAGCCUCCCGUUUGAAGUCCGAGUUCCUCAGUUUUUCUCCCGUCCAGAAAAGCUGUCAGUGGAACAGGAGAGAGAGCACAGCACUCAGCGACCUCCGUGCAGCAGCUCCGGAUCAGCUCUCUCUCUCUCCGUGCGUCACUCCGUCAUCUGUGGGGUCAGAGGUCACGCCGGGGUCCCGUCUGAACGGGGUCAUGACCCCCAACACCCCUGAGCUGUACUCCACUCUUAAACUGCCCUGCCGCAGGUCUCGGCGGAUCCUUCAGUCACCUGACGAACACAACACCGACUGGCCCUUUUAGUUCACACACUUCAAGGAAAUACUGUGUGUUUUGUGACGAUUCUGUCUUUUUUGAAUAAAUUAAAUAAAGA